UCCGCACGUGCUCAACGUGAUGUGUGUUUCUAAAUUACAUCGUGUUUUUACUCGUUGUAUCGCAAAUAAAAAGUGCUAAAAACGAGCUAUUUCGUAUGUACAAUGGCAAUUCAAGAUAUGGAUAUUUCUUUAAAUGUAACGUCGAAUCCAAUUUCUUCAGCGAGAACUAAUAAACAGAGAAGGAGCGAGCUUUUGAAAACUUCGAUUAAGAGAUUGAAAAAUCAAUCCUUAGGCAAAAAAGUAAAUAAUAAGGAGUCAAAAAAUGUGAAUGCACAAGGAAUAGAAUCUAAUAAAAGAAUUAGACAGAAAUCAUUAUCGACUAUCUUUGCCAAAAAAUUGAAAGAAGCCAAUGUAGUCUCUCGAAAUACACAGUCUCAGAUUCUACCACGUGUUAAAGAUACAAUGGCGAAGUCAGGAAAGAUUAAACAAUCUGAUGAGAAAGAUAAAAAGGAUUUGAAAUCUAAUAAAGUUUUGUCUCUAGCAAAUUCUGAUAUUACAAACGAACAGAUGGUAUCCUUUACAAAGAUAACAAAACAACAUAUUGGUGAGACAUUGGCGAAAAAAAGAAAUACUUUAAUCGAACAGAAAAAAUCACUUUCCGAUAUAUUCUCAGGUCGAUUGAAAAAUGAAUCAAAUAAAAUUGAAUUAAAUGUGUCACAUGACAUUGAUACAGAUAAUAAAUUAAAUGAAAAAUCUGAAAUAGUAACUGAAAAAUCUCCUAUCUUGAAAGUAACGGAAAGGAUGGAUAUUUUGAAUAAAAAAGAUAAAAAGAAACGUAAAGGGAAGAUUGUAAAUAAUAACAGGGAAUCAGACAAGAAUCCAAAACUGCACAAAGCAGGUGGAAAAAUCUCGUCUUUAUUUGGCAAUAAUCCUGAUGUACCAACUAUAGGACAGAGAAUUGUAAAACCUGUAGACGAACCAGUUUUUACGAAGAUCACUUUUGCAGAUCUCGAUAUUCACCCAUAUAUGAUUUCGAAUUUAGAACAAAAUAUGGAUAUAACCAAAAUGACAACGGUUCAACAAAAGGCGAUUCCUGAGAUAUUCUCAGCUAGAGAUGUUUUAAUAAGAUCUCAGACAGGAUCUGGGAAAACGUUAGCAUAUGCUUUACCUAUUGUAGAGUUUUUACAUAAAAUUAGACCAAAAUUAAAUAGAAAUAGUGGUUUAUCGGCUCUUGUAGUUGUACCAACAAGAGAAUUAGCUCUGCAAACAUAUGAGUGUUUUAUAAAAUUAGUUAAACCUUUUACAUGGAUUGUACCAGGGUAUAUAGUUGGUGGAGAAAAGAGAAAGGCAGAAAAAGCUCGAUUACGAAAGGGAUGUAAUAUAUUAAUAACUACUCCUGGCAGAUUAUUAGAUCACAUAAGGCAUACAAAAGCAUUGAGAUUAAAUGAAGUUAGAUAUUUCGUAUUAGAUGAAGCUGAUAGAAUGCUUGAUAUGGGAUAUGAAAAGGAUAUUUCUGAGAUAGUAAGUGCUUUGAAAGUGUCAAGUUCCAACAAAGCUGAAUCUGGAUAUGAUGCUAUGAAAAUAUUGAAACAAAAUAUUAAAGACACAUCAACUGAUAAAAAAAUUUCAAAAGAAGAUACAAAAUUUUGUAAUAAAAUAGAAGAUCAUAUCGAUAAUGAUAAAGUGAAACACGCGUACCAUUCAAGUGAUGACAGUGAAGAUAACAAUCAAGAUAUUAUUGAAGAAAAGAAAGUUUCAUUAAAAGGAAGGAAAAAAGAUACAAAAUAUUUAAGUACGAAUCAAGGAUCUGAUUCAAAAUCGGAAAAUGCUCAAAACAUUGAGCAAGAUUGCAAAAAUGUAAAUCAAUCAAGAAGGCAGACAAUUUUAUUGUCCGCGACUUUGACGCAAGCUGUUGAAAAAUUAGCGGGCCUCGCGAUGCACAAUCCGAUCUUUGUUGACGCGGCUAAAGAGAAUUUAGAAAUGAGCGGAGGAGACACCAGCGAGAUCAACGAAGAUCUUAUAGUUCCACAAAGUGUAAUUCAGAGUUACAUAGUCACUCCGCCUAAAUUAAGAAUGGUCACUCUGAGCGCUUACAUCGCCAGUAGAUGUCAAAUUCCUGGGGAGCAUAAAAUAGUGAUCUUUAUGGCCACGCAAGAUAUGGUGGACUACCACAUCGAAAUUUUGUCCUCUGUCCUUACAAAACCAAUGGAUGACGAUGACGAAGACUCCGAUCCGCUGGUUGAUGUAGAAUUCUUCAAACUACACGGUAACAUGACGCAGAAGGAAAGGACGGAGGUCUUCAAAACUUUUAGUCAAGCGAAGAGUGGAGUACUACUGUGCACGGAUGUUGCAGCGCGAGGAUUAGAUAUGCCGAAGGUAGAUUGCGUCGUUCAGUAUACGGGACCAAUUUCGGCUAGGGAUUAUGUUCAUCGAAUCGGUAGAACAGCGCGAGCAGGAUGCUCCGGCGUGUCAACAAUUUUUCUGACGCCUCCAGAAAUCGAGUUCGUGCGGAUGCUCGAGUCAAGGCGCAUCAGAAUCAAGCAGCAGGAUAUGAACGAUGUCUUGGACAAGCUACUGGGGCCUCUUUCCAAGCAUAACUCCGUGCAAGCGGCAGCUGUCGCCCUCCAAAACGAUUUUGAAAAUUUAGUACUGGAGGAUAAGCAACUUGGCGCGAAAGCAUGCAAAGCGUACGUUUCGUGGAUGCGUUUUUAUUCAAGUUACCCGCGCGAUAUGCGCGAGAUAUUCAAUCGAAAGGAACUUCAUUUGGGUCACUAUGCCAAGAGUUUUGCGCUGAGGGAUCCGCCGAAACGAAUCGGCGGGAUCAGUAAAAAGCUACGCGAGAAAGAAAGUUUGAAGCCUAAGCAUAACAAUCGCCUACACAAGCCAUCCGACGGGGUGCCGCAAAAGGAGCAGAGAAAACAGAACGGCGACGGACAAAGAACGGGGUUGUUGAAGAGGGCGAGGACGCUUAACAUGUCCGAAUACGAUAGCGGCCUCGGAUCCGUGAAGAAGCCAAAAAAGUAAUCCCGUGUUUCUAUUCCGUGUCUCGGGACUUAGAAUAAUGUAAACAGAAUGAGAUUUCAUGUUUACGAUCGCUUGUAAAUAAGCACCUGCAUGUUUCCCAUGUAUUAAAUGAUUUGUUUUAAAUAUAUCGAUUAAAAAUUUUUACGUAA